GAAUGGAUGAUCAGUUACCAAAAUGUAUCAUCAGUGGGCGAAAAGAGGAUGCAUGGGCCAAUUGAUGAUACCCAUCGCCAACUCAUGAUAUCAUACGUUUCGUGAUUUAUGAAUUUUGGGAAGGAAUCUCACUGACACUGACACACACUGAGACUGACAUCGUUCCACAUUAAAGGGACAGGUCUGAGAAAUAUCUGAGAUAUCCAAUGGAGACAGCACAACAUCAGUCAUCAUGCCUGGAGUGAAACUGUUUCGGCCACGGUGUAACCAAGCCCACCGAGAUGUCCUCUCAGGGUUGUCUCUCUGGUGUCGUGGCACUCUGUGGUUUGAUGUGGUUCCUCGGGUGUUGUCUUCCCUCAGAAGGUGUUCUCUCCAGCCCACAAAACCUGAAAGUGGAAGUACUGGAUUUUCAUGCCCAGGUAGAAUGGGAGUCGGGUCCGGGAAAUCCAAGCAACACUUCAUACGUGCUGGAACUCCAAGAAUUUGGGGAACAACAAUGGACCAAAAUUGAAAAAUGCACCUCCAUGUUGAUUUGUGAUUUGGAUGACUUUGAUGACCUGAUGAAGAGCUACUUAAUAAGAGUGAAAGCGGAAUGGGGACAGGAAAGCUCUGAAUACGCAAAUAUCUCCUCUUUUCAGCCUGAUGCCGAUACUCGGUUCAGCCCUCCUUCAUUAAAUGUGAUGGUUCAAGAGGGAUCCAUCUUCGCUGAUAUUCAUCACCCUGUCACAAAAAAGAUGAAGGGACUAAAGUUUAAUAUAUACCUCUAUCGGAAUGCGUCUGGACAGCAGACAAAGGUGACAGAGAAAAUAUCCGCUGAGGGAGCUCACUCUUUUCACAACCUACCUCCUGAUCGGUACUGCCUGAGGGUUUCCGUGCACAACUACCGUAACAGUUUGCAGCAAGAGUUUGCAGAGGAAUGUAUUAUCUUCCACCCAGCAGAUGAAUGGCCUUCAGUGAGUGUGGCACUGGGUGUGUCACCCCUUCUUUUGGUCCUUCCUGCUGGACUGAUUGUAAUGUUGGUAUUGUGCUACCUAUGGUCCAAAUACCCCAAAACUCCACAGGCUCUGAAAGUCAGACAUCGGGAGUCCAAAUUGCUGCAGGUCAUUCCUGACAAGACCAGAGCUGUGGCAAUCUCACACCAGACGUGGGAUGAUGGUGAAACUGUCGUCUACGUGUUGAAACAUGAAGAGGACAACUGCUCAGCCUCUAAGACAGGCUCGACCUACAUAAGGGGCAGAAGGUCACUUUACUGUGAAGAGGAGGAUGAUGAAGAGGAGGAUAAUGAUGACGAUGAGGAUGAUGAAGGUGAUAAAUGCCCUCGUGACUCUGCUGGUUACGGGCUGGAGCCGGACAGCAGUGAGGAGGGAGCCCUUGAGGGGAGCACACCAUCACGCGCCGCUGCCUGCGUAAACGAGACCGAAGAAUUGGAAGGAAAUGAACAUCCAAGUCCAUACAUGGAGAGACGGAUGGUUGGUGCGCAGUGGCAGGUCCAUGUCCCAUUAGGCUCUGUCAAUAUUCAGGCAGCCAGGAGUGCGGAAAGCCUAGAAUUCAUAGAGGAAACAGCAGAAUCACCUCCAAAUAUUUCAUCAGAGAGCCUAGUGUCCAUAGAAGAAACAUCAGAAAUACCCCCAAACAGUUCAUCGGGCUAUGAGCCACGGCAAACACUUCCAAACAGUUCAUCGGGCUAUGAGCCAUGGCAAACACUUCCAAACAGUUCAUCGGGCUAUGAAACCCGUCCAUUGAUCUGUGAUAACAGUGAAGAAAACCAGUGAGUUGGGGCAUCGCACCCAUCGUGGAUCCUGUUCUAGCUCCUAUCUCAACAGGACUGAUCGCAGGACUGUCUUCUGUCUGUCUGGUGUACGGACCGGUGCUACCAAAGACUCUGUUUGACACUUUGUGAUUACCUGCCUCUCUGCCCAGUGAGUGUUGGCCACAGCAUGUCACCACAGUCCUCCUCGCAAGUACCUUGGGCGAAUCCAGACAAACCUGUUAGCCAAUUAGAAUUUGCUCUGCAGGUCAGUCUGUCAAGGAGGCCAUUGACACCCUUUUCCAAUGUUCCAAAACCCCAUGCACCAAUCACAAUCGCUUAUCCAGUAUGGGGCGGGCUUUAUGAGAGAACGAGCAAUGCUCUAAAGAUAAAGUGACUGAUGACUGCGCUGAUAGAGACUCGGUGAAACAGAUAUGCACAUGUGUUGAGUAAACAACUGCUUUCAAAACCUUUGUUUACAAGAAAGAAUUGUGAUUGCUGCACUUUUGGAAUGAUUUUAUAAGUGUUUAAUACACCAAUUUAAGUUGAUCUUCACUGUUGGUAAUGCCCUUGGAAGUCAUAUGUUAAUGAAGUCUUUCCAGAAUCCCUCUCAAUAUCAAUGGAGAUUUGAAAGGGAUCUGGUGUUAACAGGUUACCUCACCAAUAUGUACUGUACUGUACUGUACGGCCAUCACCAAGUUGCACCCGUUUUGGAGCAUGAAAAUGGAAUGCCAUUUUUAUGGUGACAUUUGUUUUUCUUCUUCUUCUUCUUCUUCUUCUUAGUAGUAGUAGUAGUAGUAGUAGUAGUAGUAGUAGUAAUAGCAAUACUAGCUGCAGCAACAUAGACACAGUUUUAUAGAUGCACUUUUGUUGCUGCACUGGUCAAAUAUUACAUGGUGCUAGUUUUUAUGUAUCAUAUGGAUUCCACGAAGCAAAUGAGAGUUUAAUUGAAAUGUUUUUUUUUUCUUGUACAGAUGUUUGAUAUUUUAUGUGUAAAUAUACUUGCAGUAAUAUAUACUUGUACAUAGCAGAUUUUUACAUUUUGUCAAAUGUUGCCAGUGUUAGGGUGUGUGUGGUGAGUGAUGAACAUAUUGUGGUUUAAGAUCUGAAUAAAGUCACAUGG